AUGAUAUCGUCUUUGCCCUCGUCUGCCCCUCGAGAUUCUUCCUCAAAAGCCUGCCUGCUCCCACGCGUGGCUGCCCAGGACAAAGCAUAUGCUGCCAGAACAUCCGAAUCUAACACCCAGCCCCAGCGAGAUCAGCACCCGCCGUCGCGUCUUCGAGCUGCUCAAGCUCCCUCGAAGCGUAGUAUUGCCGUCACUCGGCUCACGAAUCAUCCUGCCCCAACGGCUCUCGCCCUUGCCUUAUACGAUUCCCCCGCGGCGAGCGACCAUUUGGACAACCUCACCCGACCAGGGAAGAGACAUACGGAAUCGAGCGUUUCCCGUUACGAAAGAUACAGCACAACCGGCGCAGGAUCCUCGACACCGAGUCCACCCAAGAACUCCGGUUCGCCGACGACGACAUUGGCUUGGUUCCUCCAUUACAUGAGCGCUCACCCUCCCAAUGCAGCGCUGAGCGACCUUCACAUCUCCCCCGCUCACUGGACGCGUCGUUCAGAACCGACGCUGAUGGACCAGAUUUUUGAGGAAUUGGGAAUUGCAGAAUAUCUCGAAACCUUCAAGGCCAACGGAUUCGAGAAUUGGAGCGUGGUACUGGACAUCACCGAGUCGGACUUUGAUGCGCUGGGAGUCAAGUUGGGCCAUCGCAGGAAACUGCAAAGGAAGAUAGCCAAUUCGCGAGGUCUCUCACCCGAUCGAGCGCUUGCCUCUCCUCGAAAUACACCGGCGGAAGAGAGAACGGGCGAGGAGCAGAAAUCAAGCACGAGCAAGCAAGAUGGGAAGGACCGGAGUGGGACUGGUGGCCCUCAAGGCUCGAAACGAAAAUAUAGACGACACCCGAAAGCCGACGAAAAUUGCCCAGAACGACCACCAUCCGCAUAUGUCAUCUUCUCCAAUAAAAUGCGCGAGGAACUCAAGGGGAGAAAUCUCUCCUUUACCGAGAUUGCAAAACUCGUGGGCGAGAAUUGGCAGAACCUGGCACCAGCAGAGAAAGAGCCGUAUGAACAACAAGCUUUUUCUGCAAAGGAACGGUAUAACGGCGAACUCGCCGAAUACAAAAAGACGGCCAAAUAUCAGGAAUACGCGCAGUAUCUAGUGGAGUUCAAGGCCAGACAAGCCAACCAACAACAAGCUCCGGACGCAGAAGGUUCAAAGAGACCCAAGCUGGAAGCCCGACACAGUACGGCCAGCAGUGGCACCGCAAGUAGCUCGACCAGUCAGCUGGUGACCGAAACGUUAGCAACACGAGGACGUGUUGACUCAUCCGCGUCGUACGGCGCGCUGUGGCAAUUGUCAGAUAAUUCGUCCACGCCACAACCAUCGCUGGUGUCAAAGGUUGGGAUGGUGCAGGCAGCAAAAGGACCGAGUCCACCCGGUACCGGACCUACGGUGUUGCCUGGGUAUCGAGAAGCCAUGUUUGCCAAUGCUUCGGAUGCCCAGCGGGAAGAUUCUUCGAAUUCCCAUCGAUUGCCCAGGCUUGCCACCAUUCUUGACUCGAGAGCGGGUUAUCCGAACGCAUCGGGAUCUGAAGAGGCCAAUUCCACAUCUUUAACCCAGCACCCUCACCGGACGAGACAAUCUCAUCCUCCAUCGCUCAUGACGGCUGAUUCAAACAGCCGGUCCACAAUGUCUUCUCAAAGUGGCUCGUCGUCAUAUGUGACACCGCAUACACCCUUGGAGCCACCCGUCCGUGACCGUUCUCUUCCCCUUCCGUCAUUAUACUCGCAAAAAUCAACGGGCUCAUCUGAUAGUCAAAUUUCCUCGUUCCGCCCUCCCUCUUUGUCACCGCAAUCGACACAAACCCAUACACAGCAAAUGUCUAAUUUAAAUCAACAACGCCAAGAUUACUCUAAUAAAAUGUCCAUGGCGCCGAUUCGUGGGCUCACCUCGACCACGCCACAAAAUUUGGAUGGUUUGGAAAGACCGAUUCCAAGAGGUCGCGAUUACAAAUAUGACGCUUCCAUUGAAGAGCCAUUAGAUCCGGUGAGCGCUCUUCUGAGAGCGGGAGAAAUUGUGAACCAAAAAAGCAUGAAUCAACAGAAUCGGCCUGGUACUGGUUCACCGUAA